UUUACCAGAUGAUUUGGCAACGCUGAGAACAGUGGAAACAACCGUCUUAUUUUCGGUUUCCGUAUUUUAGAUUUCAGGGAAGUACACAGCUUAAAUAGUUUAGGUGGAGUAUAAAAACAAAUCUUCUGUUUUAUAUUACUCAUUUAUUUAUAUAAUUUCUUGAGUAAUAAUAAUCUAUAUAAACAUGUUAAUCCCGAGGGCGAGUUUAUAUUUAUUUCUGUUUUAUUUUAUUAAAUUUGUGUUUACUUAUGCUGAUGAUUCAGAUGCUAGCUUAAGCAUUCAAUUAAUUCGACAAAAGUCUCCUCUUGAGCAACAUAUUAAUUCAGCUAAAAAAUUAAGGAACCAUGGAUUUAAUGUUGACUGGAUUUUCAAGAAACCAAGUAAUAGAACAAAUGAUUCUGUUGCUUUAUACAGAUAUCAUGAUAACGAAUUUUAUGCCAAAAUUAUCGUCGGCCAUCCUGGACAGUCAAUGAACGUUGCUUUUGACACUGCUUGGACAUUAAGUUGGCUUAUUUCGGAUCAGUGUCCCUGGACAAGUAUAGGAUGUUUGUACCAUAACAAAUAUGAUCAUAGCAAAUCUUCGGGGUACAAAAAAGACGGCACGCCCAUUAAUAUUCCCGAAGGUAGUUACAAUCUAAGUGGAUUUUUGUCGUACGACAAUUUUUAUAUAGGACAUUCAAACGUCACAAGUCAACUAUUUGCCGAAAUAACUAAUGUACCUAAAUCGUACAUCUUCAGUAAAAUUGAUGGCGUUCUUGGUUUAGGUCUUCAAACGGAGUCGGAUGCCUACGUUCCAAUUUUUUAUAAUCUUUUGAAGCAAGGAAAAAUUAAAGAUCCUUUAUUCUCCAUAUAUCUAAACAGAGAUGCGCAGUCAGAACAUGGAGGAAAUAUCAUUUUGGGCUUUAUUGAAUACAGACAUGUCCAUUCCAAGAAGGACGCUAAUAAUCACACUAUUUAUGAUCCUAUUAAGUAUUUGCCUUUGAAAGCGGGAGCGUAUUGGCAGUUUGAUUUAGAUGGUGUUUAUUUUAAUGGAGAUAAAGAUAACACCUUCUUUUUUUGCAAUGAAAGUUGUACUGCUAUUUCUGAUACUAGCGGUACAAGUAUUUAUGGUCCAAAAGAUCAAGUUGACAAAAUUCACGUUGCUAUUAAGGCACGUCAGACAUGGAUUGGAAAAUAUACUGUUGCGUGCGAGACAAUUAACAAAUUACCCGAUAUGGCCUUUGUUCUUGGAGGACAAAAUUUUACGCUCAAAGGACGUGAUUAUACCAUAAAGAUGACAUGGCACUCUUUCACUUUCUGCGUAUCCGCUUUUAUUCCAUCAGACACGAAUAAUAUGUGGGUGUUAGGAGGUGCUUUCCUCUCUGAAUAUUAUUCUAUUUACGAUAUUGGAAAUAAACAAAUUGGAUUUGUUAAAGCAGCUUAAAAUACAGAACAAUAUACAUUUACAUAUUACCUCGUGAUUUAAAAGUUAGUAGAUUUAAUGCUUUUAUGUUUAGUGCUUUAAAAUGUGCCAUUAUUGCAUAUUGACUUUUACACUUAAUAAAGUUUUAAUGUUUUUGAAA